AAGGAGAUCUACAGAUGCUGCUCUCAGGUAUCCAUUUUCCUCUUAAAGCAGUCACAUCUUCCAUCUGAAACACACAUACAGAGAAAGAGAGAGAGAGAGAGAGAUGCCCCGGACAGCCAUGUGACGAAGUUAAAUCAAGAAGAACGAGUUGCGUGCGGCGCUCGGAAUGGCGACAUCUAUCCAACCAUCUUUUAAAACUCAUUUGACUUGAUCCAAGCUGUUGUCGAUGGCUCUCAGUUAUAAGAUGUUAGCCGCCAAUGGCUGUCAGUUAUAAGAUGUUACCUCUGUUCAUACAGGAAAGGUAUCAGAGAAACAGCAUCUGAUGCUGCCGAUGUUCAUGAUGAUAAACUCUUUUGGUAUCUUCCUUCUGCUCUGCCACUCCUCUACUCUGCUCCUAGCUACUGCCCAAAAAGUCUCCCUCUUUUGGAACGUCUAUGGCAGCACGCUCCCAAGGUAGGAGGGGUUUAAAGUAGGGUGGAAGAAGCUGCAGUACUGAGGGCUAAUUAACACCAUGAGCAACCUAUGUGGCUUCUUGCUUUGGCUUUUAUAUUCUGCUGCUUCUGCUCAGCUCCUGGCCGCUGCUCAACAAGGUUUCCUCAACAUCGAUUGUGGGCUGCCGGCUAAUUCAACCUACAAAAGUGAAAUCAAUCUCGAUUACGUCGCUGAUAGUAAAUUCAUAAACAAUGGGAUCAUCAAGCAACUCCCCAACAUUAAUCUGCCAAAGAUCUACCAGACGCUUAGAUACUUCCCCGAUCACAAGAGGAAUUGCUAUGGUCUGCCAGUGACCCAGGGCACCAACUAUCUCGUCCGAGCAUCCUUCAUAUACGGCAACUAUGAUGGAUCAAACAUGUCCCCGAGUUUCAAACUCUACCUUGGAGUUGAUCUUUGGGAGACCGUCACGUUACAGAAUGCAACUCAAAUGUAUCGGACCGAGAUUUUCGGCAGUGCAGUAACCGGAAACAUGAGCGUUUGCCUCGUUAACACUUCGACGGGCGUGCCCUUCAUUUCUGGCUUGGAGCUCCGUCCGCUCACUGGUGCCGAUGGUUAUAAGGUGAAUGCCACAUCUUCACUUGUUACCUUCCAGAGAAUAGACGUUGGAGGAAGGGAACCCGUGAGGUACCCUGACGAUAAAUUUGACAGAAUAUGGAGCCCUGACUCUGCCAAAAACGGCACCCGCAUCAGCACCAACAUGGCUCUAAAGCCGGAGCUGUACCCUCGGUUCUACCCGCCCUUUACCGUAAUGCGAACCGCAGUAAACUCUUCCAGCCCCAUACCUAUAACUUUUUCAGGUAAGCCAGACGAUUCCUACCAUUGGGUAUUCUACUUUGCCGAGGUACUGCCGCCCACGGGCCACAGGAAUUUGACCAUAAAGCUGAACGGUGAUGACUGGUACGGGCCCAUCGCUCUGGAGUACCGUGACAUUAUGGCCAUCUUCACAAAGUUGCCGCAGCAGUAUAGCCAGUACUCUUUUACGGUGGAGGCAAACAACGGUUCUGACUACGGCCCCAUUCUCAACGCCUAUGAGGUUUUCAGGUUCGUCCAUCCCAGCGGGGCUGCAACUCUUCCUCAAGAUGUUGCUGCUAUCAAGGCUGUGAAAGACUACUACAAAAUAGAGAAGAAUUGGAAUGCGGAUCCUUGUUUACCUACGGAUGCUCCUUGGGAAGGCUUGUCCUGCAACUUUGACAAUCCAUCAUCUCCAAGAAUAGAAUCCCUGGAUCUGUCUAAUGGCGGACUUAGUGGUGCAGUUGCCAGCUAUCUUUCCCAGUUAACGGCACUCCGAGCAUUGAACUUAUCAGGGAACAGAAUUGAAGGAUUGUUGCCAUCCUUUCUAGAAAAUCUGCCAUAUUUAUCCCUCUUAGAUUUGUCAAGCAAUAAUUUGUCAGGAUCAAUUCCAAGUGGUUUGCAACAAAAGGCGGCAAAUGGGGAACUGACAUUGAGGAUCGGCAACAAUCCCCACCUAUGCCAGCAAGAUCCCUGCUACCAAGGAAAAGCGAGUAGUAAGAAGAGAAAUCGGAUACUUACAUUCUCAGUGGUGUCUUCGUCAGUUGUGGCGGCUAUAGUAGUAUUAUUGGUAUUCAUCACAAUCAACUCAAAGAGAAAACUGCAAGACAACAAUCAAGAGCGGAAUUCAAGAGCUAGUGGAAAAAUUUGCACCUUCACUUACGAUGAAGUAGUGGAAAUCACCAACAACUUUGAGAGAGUAAUAGGCAAAGGCGGAUCCUGCACCGUCUUUUAUGGCCAACUCCGGGAUGGCCAAGAAGUAGCAGUUAAACUAAUGACUGGAAGAUUUUCACAAGGAAUCAAAGAGUACACUGCCGAGGUUGAGCUGUUAAUGAAAGUUCACCACAAGUGUUUGGUAUCUUUUAUUGGGUUCUGUGAUGAAGAUCAGAAAAUGAUCCUAAUCUAUGAAUACAUGAAGAAAGGAGAUCUGCAGGUGCUACUCUCAGAUGAAAUAGAAACAUCAGAUAUGUUGAACUGGAGACAAAGGUUGCAAAUCGCUCACAGCGUCGCAACGGGAUUGGAGUAUCUGCACAACGGAUGUAGACCACCAAUAAUACACAGAGACGUCAAGACAAAAAACAUCCUCUUAAAUGAAAAAUUGGAAGCCAAGAUUGCAGACUUUGGCCUGUCCAAGAUGCGCAUCACAGAAGAGACAUCGCAUAUAACAACUGUAGUUGCUGGAACACCUGGAUACAUAGACCCUGAGUAUUAUUCUAAAAGCAGACUUACAGAGAAAAGCGAUGUUUAUAGCUUUGGAGUCGUCCUGUUUGAGCUGAUAACAGGCCAGAAUGCUGUACUCAUUCAAGGAUCGCAGAGAGUUCAUAAUAUCGACUUUGCGAUGCCCAAAAUCAUGAGCGGAGAUGUUGCCAGCAUAGUAGAUCCUCGGUUGCAGGGCCAAUAUGAUAUCAACUCGGUAUGGAAAGUCGCAGAAACGGCAAUUUCAUGCACCGCAGAGAAAGGGAUCACGCGGCCUACCAUGACUGAAAUUGUGAGAGAACUGGAGGAGGCUAUAGAUAUGGAGACUGACCACCAGUUGCAUAGCAAAAAGCAAUCUAAGGAAUUUGACUCCGGAUUGCUAUCAACUGGUGCAGCUCUCUUGGACAUGGAUUCUCUUUCUCAUCCUUCAGCAAGGACUAUAAUAUAUGCAUGUAGGACGCAAACCACCAAUAAUACACCGGGAUGUGAAGACGAGAAACAUCCUCUUAAACGACAGAUUGGAAGCAAAGAUUGCAGACUUUGGCCUGUCAAAGAUCCGCGUCGCAGAUGAGAUAUUGGACUUGCCAACUGUAGUUGCUGCAACACCUGGAUACAUAGAUCCUGACUAUGUUAAAAUUUCCUGCUACAAAUUUGUCGCUUGUAUAUACUUUAACGCCUAUCUACAGAGACCCUUGAGUUCAACUCUACAACAGAAAUACAAGUGUUGAUUUAGCUUCCCUUC